UUUAUUUUGAGUCGUUCGUGCUGAUGUCACAAGAUGGCGACUACCAAUGCCAAUGUGUAAUGUUGCCUCUACGCAGUUUGUAAAAAUGUCAGAUUAGUUAUAAUUAAGAUUCGGGGUGGAUGCCGAUAAGAAAUCGCGUUAUUGAAAGACAAAAAGAAAAAGGGAAGAUCGAUUUAUUAAGCGCAGUAUUGACACGGGCAGUGGUGUAUCCUAAUAUCUGUUUAUGUGUGUUAUUAUUGUGAUCUCUUGGGUCCUGAUUUGAAUAGGAAAUUGGGAAUUAUUAUUAUUAUUAUUAUUAUUAUUAUUAUUAUUAUUAAUAUUUCAAUUAAAUGGAAAUGGAUUUGCAUAGCGGCGGCGCAGGACCUGUUUCUGGAGGGAUUUUGGGCAGUGGUAGCAAUGUCCCCGCCUUCCUAACAAAGCUUUGGACUUUGGUGGAAGAUCCAGACACCGAUCCACUGAUCUGUUGGAGUCCGAGUGGUAACAGCUUCCAUGUGUACGAUCAGGGCCACUUUGCAAAGGAGGUGCUUCCCAAAUACUUCAAGCAUAACAACAUGGCCAGCUUCGUGCGGCAGCUCAAUAUGUAUGGGUUUCGCAAGGUUGUCCACAUUGAGCAGGGUGGCUUAGUGAAGCCAGAAAAAGAUGACACGGAAUUCCAGCAUGCGUACUUCAUCCGAGGUCAGGAGCACCUUCUGGAGAAUAUUAAGAGGAAGGUGACCAAUGUUUCCAGUAUAAAACAUGAAGACAUCAAGAUUCGCCAGGAUGAUGUGAGUAAAUUGUUGACUGAUGUCCAGAUCAUGAGAGGGAAGCAGGAACACAUGGACUCCAAACUCAUCGCCAUGAAACAUGAGAAUGAGGCUUUGUGGAGAGAGGUGGCCAGCCUGAGACAGAAGCAUGCUCAGCAGCAGAAAGUCGUCAAUAAGCUUAUUCAGUUCCUUAUCUCACUGGUGCAGUCUAACAGGGUUUUGGGGAUGAAAAGGAAAAUUCCUUUGAUGUUGAACGACAGCAGCACUGCACAUUCCAUUCCCAAGUACAGUCGGCAGUAUUCACUGGAACCCCUGCAGGGCUCGCCUGCCUUCUCACCUACAUCCCAGUCCUACACAGGAGCAAACCUGUUCUCCUCGGAUUCGACAGUUAACUGUGGUCCUAUAAUCUCGGAUAUCACAGAUCUCCCACAGCUUAGUCCAUCUGCUUCCCCGAAUGACCACACAGAGGAAAACAGCACGAGCCCCUCAGCCCUCAUAAAGGAGGAGCCCCCAAGCCCUGAAGAAGUGCAGAGCACCGUUGUGAACGAGGCUCCUCUCGGCACCGUUGUGAACAAGGCUCCUCUCGGCACCAUUGUGAAUGAGACUCCUCUCUCACCUACCACCUUUAUUGACUCUCUACUCGAGGACAGUGAGGCUGGUGGAGCCAGUGCUGGCUCCAGCACAGCUCAGUCACAGGACGGGGAGAAGUGUCUAAGUCUGGCCUGUGUGGAAAAUUUGAGUCGAUCUCCGCAGAUGUCAGAGGUCACUUGUGUUUUCACCAGUCCUUCCUCUUCCUCUCUUCAUUCCAGACCAGAGCAAGGGAAUGACCUUUCUGAACAUUUAGAAACCAUUGAUUCCAAUUUGGAAAACCUGCAGACAAUCUUGACGGGGCAGUCCAUUGGCUUUGAUUCCUCUCCUCUUUUUGAUCUCUUUGCCUCAUCCCUCUCAUCUACUGAUUUUAACCUGCCAGAUCUGGACACCAGCCUUGCAAGUAUCCAAGAUUUGCUCGCACAGGAUCAGAAGUCCACAGACACAACUGCAAUCUCUGCGGACACUGGGAAACAGCUGGUUCAGUAUACAGCCCAGCCCCUGUUCAUGCUGGACCCCAGCAAUGCCGAUGAGGGAAGCACAGACCUGCCUAACCUGUUUGAGUUGGAUGAUGACAACUCUUACUUCGGCCCUGGAGACGACUGUGAGGAUCCCACCAUCUCUCUGCUUUCAAACACUACCUACCAGUCGAAAACCAGGGACCCUUAGUCUGAAAGCUUGCCACUUCUGUAAAGGGAUGUGCAACUGUGCUUCAUUUUUCUGUGUAAAGUGACAAGCCUAUUACAUUUGUGGGUUUAGAUUUGAGAGUUUCUCUUGUCAUCUGAUUCUCUGGAUCGCAUUGACCUCCAAGGAUAUGUCCUGGAGACGUGCCAGACGUCCACCUGUCCUUUCUGAAAAUAACAAGGAUUCCAGACACACUGCAGGUUUUGCUGGUUUAUCUUGUGUAGCACCAAGAACAUCAUUUAUAUAUCGCAGCUUAAAUGUUAGAUUAUUUAGGAGUGUAUCUGACUUGAAUAGUUUCUUCUGAUACAGCACUGAUAUUUUGUAGUCAAUGAUAUACUAAUAUUAACCUACAGGUCAUGAUAAAACAAAACAUUUGACAUUAACAAAGUAGAAAGAAAAUGCUGCUUCUAAGUGACAAAUGACAGGAUAUAUCUGUAAGAAUAUACAGAAUUGACUGCUGUGUGCAUUUCUGUGUUUGUUUUCUUUGGUGGGACAGGGUGGCAAUGGAAGUAAAGACAAGAUUGUUAGUCUUCCCUUAUGACUGGCUAAGAGGAAAAGUGAAAGCAUACUCUGUGUGCCCAGUCCAAUUCAGAAAUGCUUGUCCCGUCUCCAGUCUUUAGUAAAAGACCAUGAGUCGCUUUUAAAUCCUGCUUUUACUGAAAGCUGCAUACUAUCCCUGAAUCACAGCCUGCCAGCUUGUUUUGCCACUCAAAGGCAAGCCUGCGUAUUCCCCUAUAGCCUCAAGGCUUUGACACUGUUAAUGGAGAGUAAGGCAAUUCAUUUUUAAAAGCAUCAUUUAUACUUGCAGAAAAAUUAAGUUGCACACCUUUAUUAUACAAGAGACCUGAACAUGGAACAGACUUCCCCUUUGUGUGGGCGGCUGUGUCAACAAUUAGCCACGGUCACACACACACACACACACACAUUUAAAGAAAGAUUUUUAAAUGUUAAACAUUUCACAGUGUAGCCUCAAUUGCUUAAUUAAAUAAGUGUGGUCUUGUACUGUACAUAUAGAUAGUUUUAGGGGGAAGAUGACUGCUGUUUCAACAAGUGCAAAGCAAGCUUCUAUAUUUCUCUACUAUAUAAUGUCUGCACGCAUGUGUACAGCAGGCAGACCUGGUACUGUUGCUUCCUUUUAAUACAGGAGGGAAAUCUAAAGCUUGGGCUUUUGAUAGAGGGGGUGGGAAAACUGACUGCAUUUGUAAGUGACUUCUGCUAUUGCAAUGGUAUUUGUAUAUUUACACUUUAAAUUGUUAAUAGUAAAAAUGUAUUUUUGAUUUUACAUAAAUUAUCCACGUAAUAUACUUGGCUUUCUGUGGUUGAAAGUUUUAUUUUUGUAAUAUAUGUUUGAACUUAGUUACUGGUGCUGUGUUCAGAACUUAAGAGUCAAAUUAAAUCUUGCUUGUUUUUAAAUAAAUAACCUUAAAAAAAAAAAAAGCCCCAGUCUAGUCGCCAAAUAAGGUUGGUCCUGUCCAUUGUUCCAAACUUCUGAAAACGGGGGAUUGAAAUUUAUAAAGUUUUCAAAGGUUGGGAGAUGAGGAAUAUUGAAUUUGUAUCCAAAUGAAACAACGUGCAGCCAUCUUCUUUCUCUUGAUUGUUAAGGGUGGACUGACAAGUUGUGUUUUUUUUUAGUUUUUUUUUAUGUGAAGCAGUAUUAAUGUUUGAUCAUGUAAGAAGUUGCAAUUGAAAUAGUUUCUUGCAUUUUGUUUUAUAAAUCACUGAAAAGCAUUUUUUUUUUUUUUUUCGUUUGUGUUUGGCUUUGAUUUGUUUUAUGUUGGAGGUGAAAGUUAAAAGGAUUCUGUUGGUAGCACAACAUUUUUUUGUGUCCAUAUUAUUGACCUUUUACUUCUCUCUGUAUGUUCCCAUGCGUAUUUUAAUGCAUAUUUUCUCAAUCUCAAAUAUAUUUGGCAGCAAAGGGCUAAACAUAGAUACAUACAUACAUACAUACACAGUUGUAGUCAAAAGUUUACAUACCCCAAUGGAAAUGUACAAUUUCUAGAAAUUUCUCAAACAAAUAGGAAAAAUCUUUUGUAGCAAAAGUUUUACUUUUGCGGAUGAGGAAAAAAAGUAACAAGAAAUAGAUGUGUACAAUUAUUUAUUUCAGCAGACUCCAAAAAUUCUAAUUCAAAAGUAUUCGUACCCUAACAAGAAAAAUGAAAUUAGUAGAUAGCUGAGGCUCUUUUAAACGAUUAGGAUAUUUGUCAAUAAGCUUUUGGCAUGAUUCUUUAGUGUGUUUUUUUUUUUUUUUUUUUUGGGACCAUUCUUCAAUGCAAAAUUGUUCCAAUUCAUUCAGAUUCCGCGGACUUCUCUUGUGCACAGCCGCCUUCAACUCGUACCAAAGAUUCUCAAUCAGAUUUAGAUCGGCACUUUGAUUAGGCCAUUCCAGAACCUUGAUUUUAUUCUUCUUUAACCAUUCUGAAGUAGUUUUUGAUGUGUGCUUUGGAUCGUGUGUUGGAAAGUCCAGUUGCGCUUUAAAGCAAGUUUUUUAGCGGAGGGUUUCAGAUGAUUGGCCAAUAUCUUUUGGUAUGCUAUUGAAAUCAUUUUACCAUGUUUAGUAAGAAAUAUAGGUGAAAAAAUACCUGUAAGUUCAUUGUUUUCAUGUAGAUUCAAAUUAAUCCAUCAGGCAAAUCACCAAAAACCAAGGCAUUCUUACAAACAUAUAGGUAAAAUGGCUUUAUUAAUGGGGCAUAUCCAAAAACGGAAUAUUAAAAAUAGAACAGGAAACCAGCAUGUUCUCAAAAACAAACACUACCAACACGUAGCCGUAAACCUAGCCUUCAUCAGGGUGUAGUUUCAAUUAGCAAUAUAUCAGCAAUAACAUUAAAUCAAUUAACACUAAAUUAACAUAAAUGACAUUUAUUACAAAGGCUAAUUAAUUAAAGACAGCUUAAUCAAAUAAUUAGUGGAACAGCAGUCAAAGGAAAAAAUAUCGAAAAAGAUUAUACCAAAAACUCCCAAGCCUACAAUAAAAUAACAUUCAGUUCAUAGGUAGGGUCUGUAAUCCAUUCAUUAAUCCUGGAGAUUCAGUAGCUUUUAAUUGAAAUAUCCAAAAUGGACAUCACUAAAUUGUUUAUCUUGCACAACAUUUUUACAGUGAUUUCAAAACCCAUAUCUGAGUGUCCCCUUUAAUUGUCUAGGAAGCCAGGAACUCUGUUUCCUGUCCCCUGAUAGGUAACUAUGAACAAGUAAUUAUCAAGGGGAUCAGUGAAUACCUCUCUCAAAGUGGGAUCACUCUAUUAAUUGAGUUUAUGUGUAUAAUUCUCCGUAAUUUUGGUGCUUCUGUACAAAAUCGAGUGACAAAAUGAAGUUAUUUGCUUAUUUAUUCCGUCUCAUUGUUUUUUUUAUGCAGCAAAUCUGUUCUACUCGGUUGUUUUGCUUUAUUACAAGCCUUAUCGAUUAUUCCAUGUCUGUAUCCCCUCUGAUGAAAUCUGUUUUGCAUAACUUUUGAUUGUAUAUCAAAUUCAGUUUCUUGAUCGCAAACACAUCUUAAUCAUUGGAAUUGACCAAAAGGAAUUGUUUUUUUUAACCAAUUUGGAUGAAAACUCUCGGCUCUUAAUAGAGUAUUUCUGUCUAUUUUUUCUAUACACAGUGUGCAAGAAUCCUUCAGUAUCUUUUGAAAUUGCUAAAUCCAAAAAAUUAACAUGGUCUUUGCUGUAUGCAAUACAUAAUUUGAGAUUAUUAUUGAUACUAUUAAUAUAUUCAUGAAAUGACUAGAGUUCACUCUCUGUACCUGACCAGAUAAGAAGAAUAUCAUCACUAUAACAUCCCCACUUUUUUAUCCAAAAAAAGGGUUAUUAGAGGAUUUGUAUAGAUCAUUCUCCCAGAAGCCCAAAAAUAAAUUGGCAUAAUUAGGAGCAAAGCAAGCGCCCAUAGCUGUACCCUUAGUUUGUUUAUACAAUUUCUCUUGAAACAAAAACACAUUCUUUUUUUUCUUACGUCCGUUCAGUCAAAUUAACAAUAAGAUCAUUAGGAAGCAAACUAUCUUCAGGUCUUUCUUGUAAAUAAUAUUUUAAAGCUGUCAAACCUUCAUUGUGAACAAUGUUAGCAUAAAGAGAUUCAACAUCCAAACUAACCAAAAAAUAGGGUCCCACAUGUCCCAUAUCCUUGAUCUUAUUUAAAACGUGUUGUAUCUUGAAUAUAUGAAGGUAAGGAGGGCACAACCGGCUUGAUAAAAAAUUCAGCAAACUGAAGCUGGUCAAGUAAUGGAUCCAUUGCCCGAUAUAAUAGGUCUUCGGGGUGGAUUUAGGAGAUCUUUAUGUACUUUAGGGAGCAUAUAAAAAGAUGAAAGUCUGGGAUGUUCACACCAUAAGAAACCAUAUUCUUUCUCAGUGAUCCAUUUUGCAUCUUUAGCGUGUAUCAACAUUUCUUUAAUUUCAUUUUUCAUAUUAUCCAAAGGAUUUGCGGAAAGUGUUUGCUAGUAUUCUGAAUUGUCAAGUUGUCGAUAGGCUUCUUUAACAUACAUUUCUUUGUCCCAUAUAACCACAGAGCCCCCUUUGUCUGCUGAUUUUAUCACAAUGUUUUCAUUUCAAGACAAAGUAUCUAUUGCUUUUCUUUUUUGGUUAAAUUGUAACAAAAAUCAUUUUGCCUAUCAUUAAAUAGUUUUUCCACAUCAUAAUUAACUUUUUUUGUAAAAGCUGUUAAUGUAGCAUUCAGAUUUGUGGGCAAAAAAUGAGACUUGGGUCUAAAGUUCGGUUUUCAGCACUUGAGAUGGAUGUUUGGACCACAUUACGGGGAGUGUUUUGAUGAUACCAUACUUUCAAAUGUAAAUUGCGAUAAAAAACGAAAACUAUCUAUUUUUGUAUAAAAUUCAUUAGAACUAUAUGUGGGAGCAAAAGAAAGUCCUUUAGAUAAUGACAUGCAGUCACUAGAGAUUAGGGCAUUAGAUAUAUUAAUUACCGUAGUUCCCUGGGCUGGCUCCUGGUGCCCGGUCUCUGUUAGCGUUAUUCUUGCUGUUUCUGAUGUAGUUGAAGCAAACAAAUUCUCAUCACUACUAGUGAAAUUAAAGGACACAGCUCUCCUCCUUUUGUGGUCGUUGAAAACGAUUAGUCGCUCCACUGGUAAACUCUUCCUUGCUUGUAGUCAAUUUCAUCCCUUUUAAAUUUCUUCAGUUUUAAAUAAUUUCAAAUCAGCAGUGAAUUUGUCCAAAUCCUCUAAGUUUUGUUUCAAAUGGCAAUUUUAAUUCAGUUGCUUGGAUUUGAGAGGUCUUGGCUUUCAUUUCAUUUAAUUCAGACUGUAGACAAUCCUUUUCUCUUUGUUUCUUCAGUUACAAGUAAUAUCAAAUCCAAAGAACAUUUAUUUAGAAUAGAUUCCCAUUUAUUUUUGAGCUCCAUAUUGUCUUGGCCGAAGGAAGGGAAUUUUUUGAUGUGCAAUCCUCGAGGAAUGCGUGCCUCUUUCCAAUAAUCUGACAAAGUAUAAUCUGCCAAUGCAAUUUAAUUUCAAAGUAAUAAUAUGCCAGUGCAAUUUAAUUUCUUUUCCAUUAGUUUCUUUAACAUUAAGUAAUUGCUUUUCAGGGCAUGCUCUGGGUUACAGGUUUCAUCCGUCUCAUUCAGUAAUGAGUCCAAUACAAUUAUACUCUAGCCUUAUUCAUUCGAAUAUGAGAAGGCAGCUGUGUUUGUGAUUCAAAACAUAUUUGUCGUAUUUAAAUUGUUGAUAGAACCAAAAAAAAAACUCAAAAAAGUGGAGCUGCUCCAGGUAGAAACGCACUGUUUUUAAAAAUGAUGAAUCAAGAAAGAAAAAAAGAACUAACAGAGCACUUUGGUUUAAACUAUUAAUAUUAUAUCCAGUCUUCAUAUUAUGAAAAAGGUGCUCUUUGGAGUCAAGAGUUUCUUCAAAAGUUUAGUAAGAAAUAUAGGUGAAAAAAAUACCUGCAAGCCCAUUGUUUUCAUGUAGAUUCAAAUCACCAAAAACCAAGGCACUUACAAACGUAAUGACUAUCAUCGUGGCCAAAUAGCUUCAUCACUCCACAAAACCUCCACAAAAAGAAUUUUCCAAAGAGUGGUGAUUUCUUUGGCCUGCAACCAUUAGACCUUCACCAUGCAAUACUCGACCUAUGGUUGAAAUGGAAACCCCAGUCCCACUUGCAGCCAAUUCACUCUGAAUGUCUCUGGCAGUCAAUCUUGGAUUGACUGCCAGAGACAUUCUUCCACUUGUUCUGGUGAAAGAACAUUCUUUCUUCCAGACCGAGGGAACGUUGUUACAGUACCAUGAGUCUUGUACUUCUUGAUAACUACUAGUUGAAAUUGGGGUACUCAUGCUUGGAAAUUUCUUGUAUCCUUCUCCAGCUUUAUGACAAUAAAUAAUUUUCUGCCUAAGGUCUUCAAAGCUCUUGACUUUUUCCCAUAUUGACUUAUCGGUAAUGACAGGAAUCAUUCCAUGCCUAACCCUUUUAUACUCUCUAAGAAUGUUCACCUACAAUCCAGCAUUUUCUAUACUUUUUUUUCUAGAAUUAGGAUCUGCAUUAUCAUAUUGAAAUGUCUAGCACCUUAGUAGACAAUACUAUCAUAACAUCAAAGGGUAUAAAUACUUUUGAAUUAGCAUUUUUUGAGUUUUGCAAAUAAAAUUGCUAUCCAUCAACAGUCCAAAGCACCUUUGACCAUUGUUCCAUAGUCCAAUUUCUGUGUACUUGUGCAUAUUUUAGCCUUUUAGCCUAGUUCCUCUUUCUUAACAGGUAUUCUUAUUGCAACACAUCCUUUAAAUUAUGAUUUCAAGAGUGACCUUCGUUCUGUUGAUUUGAUGGACAACGACACCUGCGCCUUCUGCCAGUUCUGUUGUCAAUUCAACGCUUGUCUUCUUUCUAUUGUUAAGGAUAUUGUCUUCAAGUAUUGCUCAUCCUUGUUAGGCAGCUUUUUGGGUCUUCCAGUCCUGGGUUUGUCAAUUACAGAUGAUGUUUCUCUGUACUUGUUGAUGCUUUGGAUACCACACCUUGAAAAUCGAGUGAUGCGAGCUAUUUCACUCAAUGUGUUUCCUUCUUUAUGCAAGUCAAGGUUGUUAUAAUAGUAAAAAAAACAAUAGUGGAGGCUUUGAGCAAAUUGUUUAUGCUCAUAACGCAUCAGAGUUGAAAAAUGCAACAUGUUUAAGAUGUAUAAGACUUUUGCACAGCUGUGUGUGUAUAUAUAUAUAUAAUAUAUAUAUAUAUAUAAAGAAAUUGAGGAAACAUGGUUACCAGAUUCAGUUUACAGAAUGGAUACAUCUAAACUGCAUAAAUGCAAGUCUAAAGAGUAAGUAGGUUACAUUGGGUGUCUCCCAUGUAGUGAACACCUAAUUUCCUUUUGUAUUGCUGGCAAUACAGAGUUGCCGUUACUUAGAUGGAUAUUGCUACUUGGAACACACUAAUUUAGCAAAUAACUAGAUGAAAAGAGAUUCCAGAGAAAGUUUUAUAGCAGUAUAGUGCAGUGUCAUUGAUUUUCAAUCCUUACACUAAACUACUUUUAUAGUUUAAACCUUGGUUCUAAUAUGCGCUUUUAAAGAUCCAUCAUGUCACAAAAUACAGAAGGAUUUGUGAUAUCGAAUGCAUUCCACUGCAAAAGCCAAAGUAUAGAGGAACUCAAAACUAAAAUGCAAGGUGCUUAUCUUUUAAGAUUGUUCUGUUUAUUUCACAUGAAUCCGUUUGAUGUAAAUAUUUUAUUUUUAUCACAACUUGCCUUCUAUAUAUUUAGAUAUUGCAAAGUACUGUUAAAAUAUAUCUGGCGAUGUUCAUAAGUUAAAGCUGUAUUCUUUUUCAGUUUUUACCUUCAACUUCUUCCUCCAAGCUGUUAAUAACCCUUUCUGUUUUAACAACUACUUUCCUGCAAGAGUCUUGUCAAAAAACAGCUUUUUUAUUUCAUUUUUUUAGACCCGCUUUAUGGAAGCAAAAACUCGACUGCUUUGCUUCUUUAGAUGUCCUUCUAAUACUUUUGAGUGGCCUGUUAACAAUAAAAUAAUUUAAAUACAUGUUUAGUUGUUUGUUCAAGCUUUAUUAUACUUAACUACGUUAGAACACUUUCUCAAAUAACUUGAAAAUACAUAAGCUUAAUUGAAGAUCAUGCUAUAGCACUGUGAAAGCUGUUUUUGUUCAGUAAGGGGAUAUGCAGUGAGGCAGUGGAAUUCCUUAAUCGUAUUUUUACACUUGACAGAUGGUUUGUCAGACCUCGAUUUAGCACUGGUCUUAGACUACCCUUACCUAAAAUAACAUUAGGUAGUCCAGUCUGGGUCUCUGAAACCAGCCGUGCAUUUCAUAAUCUCGUAAAUACUGUAAAUGUUUGAUCAAUGAUUGGUGCUCCUCUGCUGUCAUUCACCCUGCUUUCCUGUGGGGGUUUACCUUGUCUAACUGAAAUAUUAGACAAAGCAAAUAGCGUAAACCAGAGCAUAUUUGAACCCUUGCUUUCCUAGUAGAUUAAAUCCACAAUAUUGGACACGUUAUGGGAGUUGGAGUAGUCCUCAACAUACUUUAGAGGUUUAAGAAGCUUUUGCGAUUUAACGGUGUGAGUCACAACUUCUGUUUAAGACUGUUCUGUAAUGUAAAGAGUUUUUGGUGCUUAAAAAUUCCAUAUCUAACCACGAUUUUCCUAUUAAGUAUAUGGGGUGAAUUACGUUUUAAAAAUAAAAAUGGCAGUGCGUCGUGUUAUAGGGCAAGCUGGAGAGAUGACAUCAGACGUAAUUACGUUUUUUGGAGGUCUAAAUAUUGUCCUAUGCGCUCUAGUGGUAAAAUGUGGAACUACAACAAAUGUCAUUUUCUUUUUUGGGAUUUUUUUUUUCUUUCUAGCAUUGUGGAAGAAUGUUAUUUAUUUUCCCCUAAACCCAAAGUGAAUAUGUUUCUGCUGCCUCUUUGCUGAACCAAGUGCAAAUGAAAGCUACCGAUUAACAUGAAUCCCCUCCCAGCAAGACGCAGUGUUUUAUUUAUUUAAAUGUGUUCAUAUUACCAAGGCUAUGCUUACUUCUGGGGUGUGAAGUUAAUCUGACAAACCUUAUGAUGUUCCAUCAGAACUUGCUUUUUGAGUGUAUUAAUUAUAUCUAUAUAGCUACGAUAGAUUAUUAGGUUAUUAUUUGUAUUUAUUUUUUCUCCCAAGUUCAGAUUUGUUCCAAAACAGAAUCAGUUUUUAAGGUAACAUCAAGUCACGCAGACAAAUCAUUCAGUUGAUGCCUUUGUCAUUUAGACACUAGUCAAAAUAUGUCAAAGUCUACUUGACAGUAUCUCUUAACCCCUGAAGGUACACAAGGAAUUGAGCGGUUGUUCAAACAGUUUCUUCUCAAAACACAUUUGAGAGUGACUCAAGUAUCAUAAGGAGGAAACUAACCAUCUAGAUGAUCAGAUCCAAUCUGUCCGUAAAUGUUAAGCCUGUUUCGUGCACCUCAUUGCAAAAAUAAGAACGGGAGUAUCAUUUUGCUAGCGGGACACAUAACACAUGUCCCUUGUACCAGGCUUAAUCUAAUGAUUGUGUCUUUUAGAAAUCCUAGAAGAAUCUGGCUUUUGCAGAUGGACUCCUAUAAUACAUAUCGUGGUCCAACACAAAUCAGUGUUGGUGUGUGAUGUUGCAAUAUGUAAACAGUGUUUCUGGCUUCCAAUGAACAACGACACUGAAGUAUGUAUAUAUAUAUAUGCACUACACAAAUAGUGCAGAACCUGUAUUUGCUGCUGUUUAAUGGCAUAAUAAACGGCUGUCCAUGAUGUGA